UACAACCAACUAAGUGAUGAUCAACUAAAUAACGAUCAACUAAGUGACGACCAACUUAGUACAGUUGCUACUAUGAUUGCUAGAUCUAGUUGUUCUUACAUAGAAGAUGUAGAUAUUAGUGAUGAUGAAGUAGGUACAAAUGAAGUGAAUAUAAAUAAUGAUGAAAAGGAUAUAAAUAAGGCUUUUAAUGAAGAGUUUGAAAAAUCUGAAGUUAGAUUAGAAAAAAAUUCCCUGGAAGACCUAAUCUAUAAACUCUUUCAGCAG